AUGAACAAGCUAGUGAUUCUGGGACUUCUCGCGGCGUCCACGAUGGCCGUGCCCAUGCCUAACGACGUGCAACUGGACAGGGAUCUCGAUUGCUUCGAGCAAGAGAACGCGCUGUUCAGCUGCGUCUUCGUGAAGACCAUCAGCUCGCUCAGCAGGGCUGCCAGGUCUAGCGACAUCGAGAUCAUCGAUGGUGUAAAGUUCGUGAGGGAAACACCGAUGGAACGCAGUGGGAAGGACUUGAAGACCGAGGUGGAUAUCAUGAACGAGCUACCAAGAGAUACGUCGGAUAGAGCCAUCAAGCUUGUCAAUAUGCUGCUCGACUCGGCCCUGUCCUUCGUGAAGUCCCACAGCUUGAAGCUCAGCAUGCCCGAGGAGGGCUCUAUCUCGCGCGCUCUGGACGAAGGUCGCGCGAAGAUAAAGAAAAUGGCGCUGCCGCUGAUCGCAGCCGCAGGAGUGAAAUUAUUCGCCUUGAUCCCCAUUCUCCUCGGAAGUCUUGGUCUCCUGGUCGCGAAAGCCCUGUUCGUGGGCAAGAUCGCCCUUCUGCUGGCCGGAGUAUUAGCUUUCCAGAGACUGUUCGGUAGCAAUUCUGGAGCCAGCAUCUUCAGCAAGAACCCGCAACCGACUGGAUGGAUAGACAAUGGGAACCAAGGCUGGUCAGCCAAUGUCGCGGCAGCUGUGCAACCCCAGGGCUACUACAAGAGGAGCUUCGAGGCUGAAAACGGGAAAAUGGACGCCCAUUUGUUGGCGUACUCGGCCCAGGCUCCAAUCACGAACGAAACCAACUAA